UAACGGACGUCGUCUCCUUCUCACAUCCUGGUGUCGCAUCGUUUACUGUCCCCCUCAAAAUGGCGAACGUCGCCGCUGCAGCUGCCGCCGCCGCAGCCGCCGCUGUCGCCGCCAACAGAGACCCAGCCGUCGACCGGUCGUUACGGUCCGUGUUUGUGGGGAACAUCCCGUAUGAAGCCACAGAGGAGCAGCUCAAAGACAUCUUUUCUGAAGUGGGACUCGUUGUCAGCUUCAGGUUGGUAUAUGACAGGGAGACAGGCAAGCCGAAGGGAUAUGGCUUCUGUGAAUAUCAGGACCAGGAGACGGCUCUCAGUGCCAUGCGGAACCUGAACGGGAGAGAGUUCAGCGGCCGGGCUCUCCGUGUUGACAAUGCAGCCAGUGAGAAAAACAAGGAAGAGCUCAAAAGUUUGGGAACAGGAACCCCUAUUAUUGAGUCUCCUUAUGGAGACAAUGUGCAGCCAGAGGAGGCCCCGGAGUCCAUCAGCAGAGCCGUGGCCAGUCUGCCUCCAGAGCAGAUGUUUGAACUCAUGAAACAGAUGAAGCUGUGUGUGCAGAACAGUCCCCAGGAGGCGCGGAACAUGCUGCUGCAGAACCCUCAGCUGUCUUACGCUCUGCUGCAGGCCCAGGUGGUCAUGCGGAUCGUUGACCCUGAGAUAGCCUUGAAAAUGCUCCACCGUCAAACCUCAGUCCAGCCUCUGGCUCCCAGCGGACAGAGUGGAGGAGCGCCGCCGGUCAAUCCACCUCCUGUACAGCCCAGCAACCCAGUGUCUCAGCCCCAGCCUGUGCCUGGAAUGCAUGUCAAUGGAGCCCCUCAGAUGAUGCAACCCCCCAACAUGGGUGUUGUCCCAGGACCAAGUCCUGGACCGGGUCCGGGACCCGGAACAGGACCAGUCGGACCUCCAGGAAACCUUCAGCAUUCUCCCACAGGAUCGUCUGGCCAGGCGGCUAUCGAGCGUCCUCCAGGACCAGGUGGAAUCCCUCCCAGGGGCCUGCUGGGUGAUGGUCCUAAUGACCCCAGAGGGGGAACUCUGCUGUCUGUCACUGGAGAGGUCAUUGAACCAAACCGAGGCUACAUGGCUGCUCCACCACAACACCAAGCCCCACCUGUACACAUGUCCCCGAUGGCAAGUGGACCCCCUCCAGAUAUGAGAGGACCUCCGAUGGACAUGAGGGGCCCACCUAUGGGUGAACCCCGGAACAUGAUUGGUGACCCUAGAGGGCCCCCGAUGAUGGAGCCACGGGGACCGCCGAUGGAAACCAGAGGUCGCGACCCGAGGGCGAUGGAUGCUCGUGGGCCAGUUGCUGCGCAGAGGGUUCCCAUGGCAGGGGCAAUGCAAGGCCCCCCCUCUCACAGCAUGGGUCCUAACGCUCCUCCACCUGCAAGAUCGGGUUCUGGUAUUUCUGGUGCUCCUCCAUCAGGCGGCGGCUUCAGUCCGGGUCAGAGUCAGGUCUCCACACAGGACCAGGAGAAGGCCGCCCUGAUCAUGCAGGUACUGCAGCUGACCCCCGAACAGAUCGCCAUGUUGCCCCCGGAGCAGCGGCAGAGCAUUCUCAUCCUCAAAGAGCAGAUUCAGAAGACUGCGGGGGGUGCACCGUGAAGACCCGACGUACAAAGACCCUCGUCAGGGCUCCACACUGACCCGGUCCCCUGCAGCUUCAACACGUGUGAAGACGCCUCUUCUUACAGUCUGGAACGUUGUAUAGUUUUUUUUUUUUUUAUCAUAUGGUCUGUUUUCUGUAUGAAAGAGUCAAGUUGGAGCUUUUGGAUUCAAAAAUAAGCAAAACUUGUGAGAGGAUGAUGUUGAAAAGUAAGUUUCAUUCGUUUCCCCCCAAAGCUGUUUUCAUAUUAUUGUUCUGGAAACUUUCUGAAUAUUGUUUUGUCAAUAAAACAAACAAAAUAAUA